AGAAAUAAAUAUUUUGCACGAAAACAUUCAAUAUGGAAAUGCAAGCUAUGCCGACAUCUUCAAGCCGCAUCCUGUAUGAUGUGCCAUGCGCGGUUUGUCACGAUCACUCCUCGGGCAAGCAUUACGGCGUGUUCGCCUGCGAUGGGUGUGCAGGAUUCUUCAAGCGCUCAGUGCGCCGCGACCGCCGGUACGCGUGUAAAGCGCGCAGCCCCGGGGCAUGCCUUGUGGACAAAGCGCACAGGAACCAAUGCCGUGCCUGCCGCCUUGCCAAGUGCCUAGAUGCUGGUAUGAAUAAGGAUGCUGUUCAACAUGAAAGAGGACCACGAAACUCAACCAUUCGAAGACAGAUGGCACUCUUUCUCAAAGAUCCAGCCCUCCCAACGUCAGAAAUGGGUCUUCCAGGACCACCGGCAUUGGACUUAGCCUUACCAAAACACACUCUACUGCCACCACCACCAAUGUCACUCUUUCACACCGCAUACCCUUAUAGACUGAAUCUUCUCACGCCUCCUCUAGCCCCCUGUCCUCUGAAAGUGCCUUCUCCCCCUCCAAUCGUACCCUCACUUCUUACACCUUCAGAUCCAGAAGCUAUGUGUGAAGCAGCUGCUCGCCUGCUCUUCAUGAAUGUGAAAUGGGCUAAAAAUGUACCUGCCUUCACAUCCUUGUCUCUCUCUGAUCGAAUACUGCUACUGGAAGAAUCGUGGCAUGACCUUUUUGUAAUUGGUUCAGCACAGUUUCUAUACCCCCUGGAUCUAAAGUUGCUGUAUGAUGGAAAAAACACGAGAAUUGAAGCGAGUGACUUGGAAACAUUUGAAACAGCUUUAGUGGAAUUGGCAAAGAUUCGUCCAGAUAGCAAUGAAUACGCUUGUCUUCGAGCUAUAGUACUAUUCAAGACAAAUUUCAGAGAUAAAAAUGACAGCAGCAGUCCACCGCAUACCGGGGAAUAUAAGAGACUUCAAGAUCUGCCUGCUGUGGCAGCGCUACAGGACCAUUCUCAAGCUGUGCUAAACGAGUACGUCGCGCGCACGUAUCCUCUGGACGUCUCCCGUGCCAGCCGACUCCUGCAGAUGCUCUCGAUCAUCCGACGGGUGGCCAGUACCACGAUUGUUGAGCUCUUCUUCCGCGCCACCAUCGGCGAAAUACCCAUUGAACGUAUAAUCAGUGACAUGUAUAGAACCGGUAAAGAUUCCGUCUGAUGAGUGAUGAUAGAUCGUCAAAAUAUUCA